AUGGCGCCGUUCGCACUUCAGCGAGAUGACAGUCCAAUGACAACCAAUGCUUGGGAUUACGCUGGUACCUGUCGGAAUCACACCUGCCCGGUGACUGAUAAGUGUGUGGGUUUGACGUCAGGACAAGACGUUUGUGUGAAGUUUGAAUUCUGCAGUGGAUUACCAGCAGCAAUAGCUAAAACGACGUACACUCUUGAUUACUCUAGAGGAGUACCGAGUGCUCUCUAUUCGUGUAUCCCCGGUGCUGGUCUUGUAGGAGGUGAUAAGACCUCUAUUUGUGAUCCCCUCACGAAUACGUGGAGUUCGGCGACAAUCGUUUGUUCUACAGAUUUACCAGCGGCUUGUGGUGAUCCACCUCCACUGGUAAACACAGACACCUUUAUACGUCCGUAUAAUGGAGAUGACUACAUGGCUAUGUACACGUGUCGAAACAUCACUGGUGAGGCUGCAUCUGAUCAUUGUCCAUUAACAAAAUGUACGGGAAUAGAGCAGUGGACAUCUGGAGCUUCCGUGUCAUGUUCAAACGAGGACUGCUAUGAAAACCCAAACUAUGUCGGCCAGGUCACUUGUACUAAAACUGGACGGACGUGUCAACGGUGGGACCAGCAGGUGCCCCAUAGUCACGGCUAUUUCACAGGAAGCGAUAUAAACAACUACUGCAGGAUAUCGUCUGAUACUUCAGAACCUUGGUGUUACACGACAGACCCGAGUGUCCGAUAUGAAUCCUGUCCGGUGCCAAAAUGUUAAUGUAGCUAUUUAUGUAAUGGAUAGUAAUCUAUAAGCUGUGUGAUUAUUUAAUGAAAAACAAAUCGACAGUUGUCUUGACUUGAAGCGCUACAUUCAGGAUGACACUCGAUCUACGAGAAAGUCACCUCGGCCGCGAGCGCUCUCAGGAGGCUGACAGUAUCAGACAAUCGCCUCGGCUUGGACA